AUGCAGACAGGAGAGUAUAAUAACAGAACGAACCCGGAAACACAGCGACACAGCAUCGGAGACUCCACUGCUGUCAACACACAGAUUACCAAAAUGGGUAUGGCUUUUGCGAAGCUGUUUUCAUCUUUCUUUGGGAAGAAAGAUAUGAGAAUUCUGAUGGUUGGAUUAGAUGCAGCUGGAAAAACAACCAUAUUGUAUAAAUUGAAACUGGGAGAAAUCGUUACCACAAUCCCAACAAUUGGUUUCAACGUGGAAACUGUAGAGUAUAAGAACAUUAGUUUUACAGUGUGGGAUGUGGGUGGCCAAGACAAAAUCAGACCCCUGUGGAGACAUUACUUCCAAAACACACAAGGGCUGAUCUUUGUGGUCGACAGUAACGACCGGGAGCGACUCACUGAAGCCAAAGAAGAACUGAGCAGGAUGCUGAGCGAGGACGAGCUCCGGGACGCUGUGCUCCUGGUAUUUGCAAAUAAACAGGAUCUUCCCAAUGCGAUGAACGCGGCAGAAGUGACUGAUAAACUGGGCCUACAUCAACUGCGUAACCGUAGCUGGUACAUCCAGGCCACGUGUGCCACCAGCGGAGACGGCCUGUACGAGGGACUGGACUGGCUCUCAAACGAGCUCAAGAAGAGUCAUUAA